UUAUUUUCUGAAUAAAUAUAAAAAGAAACAGCAAUCAUUAAAAUAUAAAUAUUUUCUUACAAUAUAAAUCAUAACACAUCCUUGCUGAAUAAAAGCAUUAAUUUCUUUCAACAACAAAAAAGAAAGAAAAGGAAAGUUUUUUUUUUCUUUUUUUUUUUUGCUGACCCCAAUUUUUUUAAGGUAGUGUAUAUUGUUACAAAUUAAAACAUUUAGAUUUUGAAUAAAAGCUUUUUAUUCAUCAAAGAAUCCAGAAAAAAAGUAUCACAGGUUCCAAAAACAUUAAUCAGCACAGCUGUUUCUAAUCUAAUUUAAUCUAACAUUAAAUGAAUUGAACUUAAUUGUUUUAUUUAACUUUAUUUUAUAUAAAAUAGUUUUUUCUGUCUCUAUCUGGAAAAGUAUUGAACAUAGUAUUUAAUUAUGGUAAUAUUGUAAUGACGAAACAAAUGUUUUUACGUAGUGGGUCACGUGACAUUUCACGGUCAAUCAAGUGAAGGGGAGCACGUGCCAUACCUUAAGACUACAAAAGCAAGUAGGUGACAUUUUGAACUCCCAAAACCCCAGAAGGAAGCGAGUAUGGCCACUAUUAGAUUCGGGAGUAGCGUUGGUCCGUCCGGAGUCAACUCUGAAAAUCAACAGCAUGGCUGGACUGAAGAAAACGUUUAUAGUGAAGACACUGAUGACGUCGGUGACCCCAACAGGAUUGUGCAGUGCCCUUAUGACAAAAACCACCAGAUCAGAGCCUCUCGCUUCCCUUUUCAUGUUCUCAAGUGCAGGAAGAACCACCCCAAACUGGCUAGUGAACUGAAGACUUGCCCCUUCAACGCCAGACACUUGUUUCCCAAGCAUGAGUUGUCUCAUCACAUUGCGAACUGUGAAGACAAGAGGUCACUGAAUGCUGAAGAUGGAAAUGUAGAGCUGCUGGAGAAGUUUCAGGUGCCUGUUAACACCUGCACAAACCCUUCACCCUAUGAGGACUGGGAAACAGAGGCUGAUGAUAAUGCUGCUAUGUUUGUCUGGGGUGCGUCCAACAAUCAGCUUGCCCAAAACAAGCCAGAGCCAUCUACCACCAUCAGUUUAUCCGAUGGACUCCGGGCACCACGGACUCUUCCAUGGAAACUCUGAUGUCACCACUGGAUGGACUUUACCUACUAAUCUUACUUGAUACUUUAAGCCCUGUGUGAUUUCUAGCCUAACUUGUUUAAAGUCUACUUAUAUUUUAAAGUUUUUAAUUUUUAAAGUGUUGUGAAAUUUCCCUUUUCCUAUUUUCUACAAGGUAAUACACUCUGUAAACGGUUAUGGUCCAUGUGUAGAGAUGCUCCUUAUUAAAGCAAAGAAUUGUCAUUUUCAAAUGAGACCCCAUUCAGUGCCAAUCUUUCUGGACCUUUUGCUUUUUGUGGAAGUGGUUCUUUAAUCCUGAUCUGUAUGAUUCAUUAAAGAUUUAAGUGCAAGCCUC